AUGUCGAUGUUCGGGGGCAUCGACGGCAGCUUUGCCGGCCUCAACCGGUUCAUGCAGAAUGGCAUGGAUCCUCGCUUUCCGCGUCCGCCACGAGCGUACGACGAGUACUUCAAAGCUUACAGCAUGGCGAUGCUGCCGGGCAAGGAGCGCCUCAACGUCAGCUACGGAGGCAAGAUCAUCAUGCCGCCGUCGGCGCUCGCGCAUCUCACCAACCUCGAGAUCGAGUCGCCGUGGUUCUUCGAGCUGCGCAGCACAGGCGCCUCCGAGGUUCGCCGCACCCACGCAGGUGUGCUCGAGUUCAUUGCCGACGAGGGCAACGUUCACCUCCCCGCAUGGAUGAUGCGCACCCUUGGCCUCUCCGAGGGAGAUCCCAUUCGACUCACGGGUGCGACGCUGCCCAAGGGCAAGAUGGUCAAGAUCCAGCCGCAGACCGUCGACUUUCUCGAGAUCAGCGACCCCAAGGCGGUGCUGGAGCAGGCCUUCCGCAACUUCUCCGCGCUCACUCCCGGCGACAUUGUCGAGAUCAGCUACAACUGCCUCACCUUUGAGAUCCUCAUCAUGGAGAUCACUCCCAACGCCGACGGCAUCUCCAUCAUCGAGACCGAUCUCGAGGUCGACUUUGCUCCACCAAAGGGCUACGUCGAGCCCACUCCGCAGCCACGUCCUCCACCGCCCACAAUGGCAUCCAAGCUCAACAUUGACAGCAACCGCGUAGAGUCCAUCCCUCCCACGCGCACAUCCACACCAGGCUCGCUUGCAGGCACAAGUGCAGCAGGCGGCUCGGGCGUCGCCACUCCUGCCGGCCCCUUCCGUGGCGCAGGUCAGACGCUGAGCGGCAAGAAGAGCAAGGGCAAGAAGGACCGCCAGAUCGAGCAGCUUGACCCAUUCAGCAUGAUCCGACGCACCGACAUGCCGCGCAUCGUCACCAACGACACUCAGCUCACCGAGAAGAAGAUCCCCGCAGCACUCAAUCUGCCCUUCGGCAAGCUCUUCUUCGGCUACGAGGUGAUCCCCGUCGGCGGCAAACCCAGCGAAGCUGCAAACGACAAGCCAACAGAGACGUUUUCCGGAUCAGGCACUACACUGUCGGGACGCGCGCCCAGAGCAAAGCCUCAAGAGGCGCAGGACACCAAGCCAAAGCCUGAGCAGACCGCAUUCACGCUUGGCGGUGGUCGCGUUCUCGGCGAGAGCUCCCGAAGCAGCCGCUAUGGAACCCCAUCGAGCUCAGCCGGUCGCAGCCUCAACGAUUCCCACCGCGAUGUCAUCGAGAUCGACUCGGACUGA